CCGUGGCUGCCUGGCGGCGGGAGGAAGGGCCGUCUGGCUGCAGGCGUCUACUAGUCAUUUCCUAAUAUGAGUUACGUAAACGAUACGGAAGUCGUUAUUUGUUGAAAAUGUAAUACAAUUUUAUAUUUUCCUAAUUGUUUAUAAUAAAGUAUUUAAAUUAAUUUCACUGUGUAUUAAUCAAGUAUCCAACGUAGUGUGUAUAUAGCCUUUUGUCGUACAUUUUCAUCUGGAGCCUCAGGUCACCGCACUACGGUACGUGUUUCCAUCUCCAGCCCUGCUGAACUGUCGCUCCUCUGUUAGUGUAAGGAGUGAAGCAGUUAUUGUCUGAUAAUUACCCAUCAAGGAAGUCACCCCAUCCUGCGUGUGUCUGGCCACUAAAUGCCGCCCCCUCACAUUAUGCUGCCAGGGUAAACAACAGAAGAGUAGUUAAUGAAACCACUCUUAACUUCGGAUAGAAAUGACGAAAGAAAACCACAUAGUAAUUGUAAAGUACACGAAAAGUGGAUCGGCGCACCUGUGGAGUUGACAACACUCGUCACCAUGGCAACGCGCGCUACCUGUCAACACGGGGCGGCAGGUGUGAUCCAGGCAUUUAGAGAGCUGGCCCUUCGCUGUGCUGGUGCCGCCGCCUGCAGGGUCACCACAGCAUGCCGCGGGCGCCCCCACUGUAGCCCCGGCAGCCAGACACGCCCACGACACAGCACAGGAGGGAGGGAAGCACACACACACCUGCUGGCUCGAGGAAGGCGCAGAGCCGUGGAGGAGGAUGCAUGUGGACUGGGAGUACCUGCGGGGGGUGGCGGAGGGGGCGGGGGACUGGGAGGAGGCGCAGCUGGAGGAGCUCUACCAGGCCCUAGUCGGCAUUACAAGGCUGCGGCGACGCGACAAGACAGUGGACAAGCUGGAGAUGCUGUUCACGCUGAGCCAGGCGGUGAUGAUGGCCAAGCACACGCAGGCCUCAGCUCUGGAGCAGGAGCUGGGCAGCCUGGCGGAGUCUGCUGGCCGGAGGGACGCCAAGAGGGAGAGGGAACUGCAACAGGAGGUGAAGCGCCUGCAGGCUCAGCUGAGGGAGGGAGGCACCGCUGACAGGGAGGAGGAACACAUUGCCUAUGACUGGUCAACUGCUUGGCGCCUGAAGAAGAAAGAAAUGGAAGAGUCACUUAAUCGCAAGAACUUGGAAAUACAGCAGUUUAUGGAUGACCUACAGAGCUGCGAGGAGGAACGAGCGGCCCUGAGAGUGUCGGCGGAAGAGCUGGAGGGGCGUCUGGGGGAGGCCACGCGGGAGAUCACCGACCUCACGGCAGACUACGUGCAGCUCAAGGAGUCCCACAAACACCUGCAAGAGAGGCUUGCCGCAGUGCAGGGCGAGGUGGAGGGCCAGCACUGCCAUGUGGAGGAGCUGGCCACUGAGAAGGCUCGUGUGCAGCAGCGCUAUGACGAGCUGAGUGCUGCAGUGGACGCCCGGGUGGACCAGCUGGAGGUUGUGGUGCGGCAACGCGAGGAGGAGCUGCAGAAGGUGAAGGCUCAGCUGCACCAAUGCUCCAUGCUGUCCUCCGGGGCGCAGGCUCAGAGGGAGGCGGCCAAGGUGGUUCAGCUGGAGAAGCAACUGAAGGAGAAGGAUGAGGAGGUGAGUCAGCUGAGCGAGCAGCUGAAGGAGGCAGCGAAGGAGAUGGACGGCAGUGCCCACGUCAUCACCCAGCUGAAGAAGGCCAAGACUCCGCCGGGCAGUGGGGAGGGUGCCGUCAUCGGCCAGCUGCGCCUGGAGCUUAGUGAUGCACGGCAGCAGCUGCAGCAGAUGCGCACACAGCUCCUGGCGGCUGAGGAGGACGCACAGCUGCACGCACAGGAUCUGUCAACAGUGAUCGGAGAGCUGCAGUCCCACCUAGCCGGGGAGUUCUCGCUGGCCGACGCCGUGAGGGAGCUGAAGGAGGUACGGAGCCAGGUGCGCAUGAGGGACACCCAGCUCACGCAGCUCACCGGCCUCGUCAACACCCUGCAGAUCAACAUCAACGACCUGCUUGAUGAAAACUACCAGCUAAGGGAGCAGCUGAACCUUGAACCCCGGGAGGACAUUGACCUUCCAGGGGUGAAGAAGACCAACUGGCAGGAGAGCAAGGCCAUCAUCGAGCGACUCACCAACCAGGUCAACAAACUGCAGGACGAGAAGGUGGCCCUGCGGACGAAGAUGUAUGAGAUGACGAGGGAGCUCUCUAACACCAGGAGCUCCCUGCAGCUGACCACCAUAGAGAUGCCCAAGACAACCCGGGCCGAGGUGUCAUCAGGGCAGCAGCUGCAGUCCAUUGAGGGCCAGAUAAGCCACCUGAGCACCGCCGUGAGUCAGCUUAUCCAGCAGCGCCGCCAAGACUCAACCGACCACAACACUCAGGCGCAGCUGGAAACACUUCAGGAAAGGUGUCUGAGGCUUGAAGGUGAAAAAGCAUCGCUGGAAAGAAUAAUACAGAAUGAGCUCAAGAAGAAAAAGUCCUUUGAGAAGUCGAAAGAGGAACCAACAAGAAGUCCUGAAGAGAGAGUGUCCCCAGAACCACCACCUACCCUAGAGCCCACCAGCAGGUCACCCACCGCCGCCCUGGACCAGCUGAUCAAGGCACUGGGCCACCUGCCUCCCUCGGCCGAAGAGAUCAUCGCAAAACUGAAAAACCAGGUCACUUUCUUAAUGCAGGAGUGUAGUAAGAGAGAGGAGGGGAUCAGUGAGAGGGAGCAGAGAGUUGGCAUCUACACCACACAAUUUGAGGGUCUCAGAGUGCAAGUCUCAGACCUCAACACCCUUUUGGCCGAGGAGAAGCAGCGAUGGCAGGCAGAGAAAGUAGAGCAGGAGAAGACCGUGGCUGGCCUGCGGGGUGAUGUGGGCGCCCUGCAGGCCCAGCGGGAGGAGAUGCAGGCUGCCCUGGACACCCUCGCCUCGGGACAGCCGGGCGUUGAGACCAAGCUGACGAGACGGCUGGCAGAACUUCGAUACGACUUGGAGAUUGCCAAGCGCCUCCAGGCCAACCAGGAGGAGGCCAUCACGUCCCUCCACCAGCAGCUGAAAGAGCGGCUGGAGGCCCUGCAGCAGAGCCUCCUCCAGGUGAAGCAGCUGAGGCAUGAGGGUGAAAAAGAACAAGGAAUCCUGAAGCACCGUAUCUACCAGCUUGAGAACGAGCUCACCCAGAGUGUUCCCAGGACGGCGGCCGACCAAACCGGCGCCCAGCUGGCCGCCACAACCGCCAAGUACCGCUCCCUCCUGCAGGCACAGAGCCGCAUGAUGCAAGAGAAGUCUCAAGGGCAGGAGCUUGCAGCCGAGAAGCAACAGCUGCUGCACGAGAGGGAGCAGUUGUGCCAGAAGCUGGAGAGUGCCCGGGAGAAGGUGCACUCCCUCCAGGCCUCCCUCAACCUGCUGGGGGGAAACAGCGUGCCGGUGCAGCCACAGGUUGCUCUGCUGUCGAGACAGUUGGCAGCCGUGGAGCUUCGGGAGCUGGCAGAGAAGCAGAAGGCAGAGCACGCAGCCGCCAUGUACCAGAGCAUCAAGGGGGAGUGUGAGGAGCUGCACAGGAGGGUGCAGGAGCUGGAGGAGACAGCCGCCACCACCUCCAAGAUGAACCUGAGCCUGCAGACCACUGAGGCAGAGCUGCGGCAGCGCCUCCAGGGAGCCGUCCUGCCGCAGGAGUACCAGAGUGUGGCCCGGAGGGUGGAGGAGCUCACCGAGGAGAAGGCCCAGCUGACCACCAGCGUGCAGCAGCUUAGGGCAGCCGUGGACGUGAUGGAGACCCAGGCCAGGCAGAGGCAGCUGCUGGAGGCCGUCAGCCGGGUGGAGGUGGAGCAGCUGAGGCAUGAGACGCAGGACUUGGCCGCCAUCAGUGACGAGCGCUCCAAAAUACAUCAACUUCAUCGAGAAAUAACUUAUCUGAAAGUCAAAAAUUUGGAGUUGCUUCACCAAGUGGAGGAGAUGAAGGCCACGGAGGAGAAGCAGAGUGGCGAGGUGUUCCGCCUGGCCCAGCAGCUGCGGGACAGAGAGCGCCUCCACGAGACCUCCAGCGACGCCAGCCGGGCCCGGGCCACACGCCUCCACCUCAUCAUCAGGGACCUCAGGCAGCAGUACGCAGGAGCCGUGCCUCUGUCGCAACAAGAGCAGCUGGUGGAGGUCCUGGACACAAUGCGACAGGAGCGGAACAGCCUCCAGGAAGCCCUUCUCAGCGCCCAGCAUAACAAGAUGGAGUCCCACAUCACUCUCAGGCAGCUCAAGGUCAAACAGGAGGCUCUGGAUGACCUCAAGACAGCCCUAACAUCCCCCAAGCCUUCCAGUCAUGUAUCAAGCUGGUGUACUAAGCUUGAGGAGGCCAAGCUGAGGAAUGUGGAGCUUGAGGAGAGGCUGCAGAUGAUGGAGGCGAACGAGUCUCUCCACCAGAAACAGAUGGAGAAGAGGGAGCGGAGAAUCACCGACCUCCAGACCCAGUUGAUCAGCGUGGAGAAAAUGUGGAUGGACGAACAGCUGGUGUGUGACGAGAGGGAGGCGGAGCUGAACGAGGCGCUGGCGAGGCAUGAGAGGAGGCACAAGGAGGCGGUGACCAACAGGAGCACCCUCAGCCUCCUUGACGUGCCUGAUGCAACUCUCCCUCUGCCCAAGCAACUCGAGGAGGCGCUGGACUGCCUCAGGAACAAGGUCUCGCUGCUGGAGGUCGCUGAUAAGGAGAUGGAGAAACUGAAGGAUGAAAAUUCUGCUCUUCUCAAAAGCCUCAAGGUGAAAGAGAUAGAGGUCAUUGCCAGGGAUAAGGUCAUCAAUGAGUUAAGACUGGCAGGGAAGAGCACAAGGGAAUCAAUGGGUCAGUCUGAUGAGAAGCAAGACUUGAGGGAUGUGAAGGUUCCCGGUAAGGUCCAGCCUGAGGACGAGAGUGUGAAGGUCGUCAUUGAGGGGCUGAAAGAGCGUCUUCGCCUGAGCCAGACCACCGUCACCCACUACCAAAACCUGCUGGCCAAGGAGCAUGAGGAGAGGCAGGUGUUGAUGGCCAAGUACAAGGAGGAGCUCUACCACACGACACAGAGGCGGGACGAGGCUCAGGCAAAGGUGCGUGAGCUUCAAUCCCACCUUGACAGCAUCCCGACGCAUGACUUCUCCUCCUCGGCGCUGAGACAGGCACAGGUCGCUCAGAUCCAGAACUUAGAGGGGACGGUGAAGAUCGUCGAGAGGCAGCUUGAGGAGGCCAGAACUCACGUCAACGCCUCCGAUAAGAGAAUCAUGGAGCUGGAGCGUGACUUGGCGAUCUCACGGCGGGAACACGCGGAGGAGAAGGAUCACCUGGAGGUCUCUGGGCAGGUGAGGAUACAACAGCACCAGAGGGAGGUGGAGAGACUCUCGGGGGAGAUGCACAAGCUGCGGAUGGACAACGAUCUCAUGCAUAAGGAGAUGAGUGCGCUGAGGACCUCCGCCAGCCGCACCCCGUCAGCCAUCAUGAGGACGCUGGUGGAGAAGCUGAGGGACCAGCUCAUCGACAAGGAGAAGCAGGUGGCCAAGCUGACCCUGGCUGUGAAUGACAUGAAGGAGAGCAUCGCACGGGAGGAAGAAGCCAAGCACGAGGAAACUAACCCUGUCGACGUUGAAAAAGAAAUCUCUGAGGUCACUAAGAAGCUCACCGAGUCCUUCACAGCACAACUGGACAAGGUUUCCGCUGAGAGAGAUGAAAUGAAGAAGCUGUAUCAUGAAAAAGAUUCCAUCCUUGCAGAGUUGAAAGAGAAAACAAGCACUGAAACGGAACACUUGAGCCAGGAGGUGAAGGCUCUUACAACAGAAAACUUGAGGCUUAAGAAACAGACACUGCAGCAGAAGAAUGCCAGCAGCACUCUGAGGCAGCGGCUUGAGGACCUGGAGGGAAGGUCUGCCGGGGCCAUCGCUCGGGCCAUUGAGAGCCUGCAGGCCAAGCUGGAGAGGAUGGAAGGCACGGAGGAGGUGCAGGAGAGUGAGGCGCGCAAAGCCAGGAGCCAGGAACAGGUGGUGAGGUGGGAGGAGAGGAAGAAACUCAAAGUGGCAAUGGACAAACUAAAAUCUCGGAUAAAAGAGCUCGAAACUGCUCAUGAGGACGACAGCAAGAAGCUCACCACCUGCCGGGACCUCCUGGGCAGGGUGGAGAAGGAAAAGCUGUCCCUGCAACACAAAUUCAACAACCUCAGCAAAGUUUCAACGGAGAAGAUGUGCCGCGUUUGCCUGAAAACCCUUAACUCCGUGGAGAUGGGAAGCUCACCACAGACCCUCCCAUCCCCAGGCCACUGCAGCAGGGCCAUGAGGCAGGCAAAGGUCAGCCCCUCACCAGAAAGACCCUCACCGAAGAGAAGCGCUGGGAGGGACGCCGCCACUCCCACACCCUCCCACUCACAGCAGUCGGAACAGGACGAGAACGAGAUCAAAUUCAGACUCCAGUUAAAGAAAGCGCUGGAGGAGAAACACAGCCUGGAGUCUCGCCUACACAGUGCUGUUGAGGAGGUCGCUGCACUGAGGUACCGACUCCAGCAGAAGGAGGAGGAGGAGGACAGGUUCAUGGCGGAGAAGAAGAGCCCAGCAGGUCGGCGGACAACAGGAGCAGUGGUCGUGCUGGAGUAUGAAUCCCGAAUCACGAAUCUCGAGGAACAACUGAGGCAGAAAUCCCGGCUGUUGUCCCAUGUGAAGGGCGUCGUCCAGGAGGCUGCGGCGAGGGAGGAGACACUGCUGAGGGAGAAGGAAACACUGCUGCAGAAACUAACGCUGCUGGAAGGGAUAUCCGAAGACACGCCUUCUGCCCGACUGGUCCAUGAGUUACGUCAGGCCAAGCUUACCGUCACGAGGCUACAGAGGCGGCUUGACGAACUCCAGCCCAGUGCAUAGGGUCCAGGAGGAGGAGGAGGAGGAGAAAGAGAAGGAGGAAGAGGAGGGUGGUGACGAGCAUGGCCGAGGAUUGUGCUUUUGUGUGAGAGAGAAAUCUAUAGUGUUAAGGUGAGUAUUAUUUUUGUAUUUCCAGUGUUAUUUUUGUAUCCUUUUGGUAAUAAAGUUGAGGUUGAGUGUGUG